GCUAUAGCCUGUUUGGUUUACAUGACAGUGUAAAAGAAUACAGUCCUUUAAAGAAUACAGUCCUUUAGAGUUUUUAGACUCUGAGGUAUGUUGCUCUAUGAUUUUGUAAGCCUCCUCCCUUGCUCAGUACAACAGGUGUACGGUGUUACCUAUGGCUCUAAUUUUGUAUUUAGAGCUGUGCCAGAGAAUUAAUUUAUGUCUUUGAUUGACCUUCCCAAGGUUUAACAUACAGUGUAGUGCAUUUUCAUGCGAUAGGAACUGGAAACUGCUUCCCACGCCUUAAGCGAUUUAUUGUUUUCCUUAAACUUGAUAAACAGGAAUCUACAGUCAGGAAGGGGAUCUGUAGCAAUUUACACAACAUAUUAAGCAACUAGGGUAGAACUGUGAGCCUCAGCUCUCACAUACAGUGCUCCAGCAUGCUGCUCCACUCCAUUCUGCUGGUCUUCACUUUUACUGGGGCUUCAGCCCUUAAAAUCUGCUCCUUCAACAUCAGAUCUUUUGGAGAAGCAAAAGCAGCCAAGCCAGAAAUCAUGGAUGUGAUUGUGAAGAUAAUUUCUCGCUGUGAUGUCAUGCUGAUAAUGGAAAUCAAGGACUCCCACAGCAGGGCUUUGCCUCGCCUAAUGACUCAGCUGAACAGUCAGUUUAACAGCAAAAAAGAGGAGUAUGGCUUCACCAUCAGUGACAGACUGGGAAGAAAGACAUACAAAGAACAAUAUGCAUUUAUCUACAGGCACAAGCUCGUGUCAGUGAAUGCGUUGUAUCAGUACCCAGACCAGCAAAGAGGAGACGAGGAUGUCUUUUCCAGAGAACCCUUUGUAGUCUGGUUCAAAUCUCCAAAAACAGCUAUACAAGAAUUCACAAUAAUCCCCCUGCACACAACCCCUGAGAACUCUGUGCGAGAAAUAGACGAACUCUAUGACGUUUACAUGGAUGUGAAACAGAGGUGGAAAUCUAAGAAUUUCAUUUUCUUGGGGGAUUUCAAUGCUGCCUGCGGCUAUGUACCUAAAAAACACUGGAAAAACAUUCGUAUCAGAAGAGACCAGAGCUUCGAGUGGCUCAUCAGCGAUCAGAGUGACACUUCAGUGAGAGAAUCCACACACUGCGCCUAUGACAGGAUCGUCAUCCACGGAGAAGCAAUCAGCAAAGCCAUCCACAGAGAGUCAGUGGAGAUAUUUAAUUUUCAAGCUGCCUAUGGGCUAACUGAGGAGCAGGGGCUGGCGGUCAGCGAUCAUUUCCCAGUGGCAGUGGAGCUGAAGCCAGCCAGGGGUUUCCUCACAUGGCUCAAAUCUUCAAUUAGUAAGACAAAGUAAAGUGGACAAGCGCUCAGGGUUUUACAAUGUUUGCAAAACACAGCGCAAGCAAGUAAGCAUAGUGCACUGUGCAAUUAUUAACCAGCCACUCAGCCACUCAGCCACUCAGCAUUCAUGCUGUGAUAUUCAGAGUAGUUCAGGCAGUGUCCUUCUGGCCGGACGCUUGUGCUACCUGUGUAUAUUCCAAUAUUUCAACACCAGCACCGGCAUGAAGCCAGCAGUGCCAGACUGGCUAUACUAAUAAACAUUAAUAAAGCAAGCUGUUGAUAAACCA